GUCCCCUCCCCUGAUUGCAUCCGCCGUGCACGGUGGCAGGGUCGGACAGUGAGAGUAGCCUCGCGUCAGACACGGUUUGUGGUGAAAGCUGCAGCAGCAACAAUGAAGUUCGUGAGGUUCAUCAUGAAGAACGCGGCCCUGGCCAGCGUGCCCAAACACAUCGAGCAUUUCUCCAAAUUCUCCCCGUCGCCGCUCUCCAUGAAGCAGUUUCUGGAUUUCGGUUCCAUCAACGCCUGUGAGAAGACCUCCUUUGUGUUUCUGAGGCAGGAGCUCCCUGUUAGACUUUCAAACAUCAUGAAGGAAAUCAACCUGCUGCCUGACAAACUGCUCACAACCCCGUCUGUGCAGAUGGUUCAGGGCUGGUACAUCCAGAGUCUGAUGGAGAUCCUUGAGUUCCUAGACAGGAAUCCUGAUGACUACAAAGUCCUGGGACAAUUCGUGGACGCCUUAGUUACCAUCAGAAACAGGCACAAUGAUGUCGUGCCGACGAUGGCCCAGGGCAUCAUAGAAUACAAAGAAGCUUUCCCCCAGGAUCUGGUAACCAACCAGAACAUCCAGUACUUUUUGGACCGCUUCUACAUGAGCCGCAUCUCGAUCCGCAUGCUCAUCAACCAGCACACUCUUAUCUUUGACGGUUCCGCCAACCCUGUCCACCCAAACACCAUCGGGAGCAUUGACCCUCACUGUCAAGUUGGAGAUGUAGUCCAGGAUGCCUUCCACAGUGCUAAGAUGCUGUGUGACCAGUACUACCUCCGCUCCCCUGAUCUCAUCCUACAGGAGAUGAGCAUCAAGAAGAACCAUCCAGUGAGCAUCGUGUACGUGCCCUCUCACCUCUACCACAUGCUGUUUGAGCUCUUCAAGAAUGCCAUGAGAGCAACUAUAGAGACCCACGAGAACAGCAACAACCUCCCACCCAUUCAAGUCAUGGUGUCUCUUGGAGACGAGGACAUGUCGGUCAAGGUGAUGGACAAGGGUGGCGGCGUCCCCUUUCGAAGGAUCGAGAACCUCUUCAGCUACAUGUACUCCACGGCUCCUGCUCCUCAGAUCGGAGAGCACACACGGCCUCCACUGGCUGGCUUCGGCUACGGUCUGCCCAUCUCUCGUCUGUACGCCAAGUACUUCCAGGGGGACCUGCAGCUCUACUCCAUGGAGGGCCACGGCACAGAUGCUGUCAUCUACUUGAAGGCGCUGUCCACAGACUCCAUCGAGAGGCUGCCGGUGUACAACAAGACCGCUCUGAAGAACUACAAAGUGAGCCAAGAGGCUGACGACUGGUGUGUGCCCAGUAAAGAGCCUCUGGAUCUGAGCAACUUUAAGGGGGCUAAGUGAAAACGGCGCUUCAUCAUGCCAUGACGCCUGCAGAGUUCAUAUCCUCAUGUCGUCAGUGUUACUACGGACACGGUCACCUCAGGACUGAAGUCUGGUUUUAGCAGUAGCACGUUCGUGUUGUUUUCAGUCAUCCUUGUCUUUACUUUUAUGAGAGAACAGAACACUUGUUACCUGUGAGACCUCUCCGAUGUUCAGCGGGGAGCAUUAACGGCCGUGUGCCUGAAGAGGCCGAGGCAGCACCCAGCAUGUUAUGGGUGAGUUGUUGUGACUGAAGCGUCAGUAUGAGUGAGUCUAAAUAUUCCAGUUUUAGGACACUACACGUGCUGUAAGGUGAUUACAGCAGAUAAAGGUAUUCUGUUAAACAGAAGGGGGGGACCAGAGGACCAGGAUCCGGUCUUCUAUGGGAGAUGUCACCCAAGCCUUACCGUAGCAUCUUCACCCAAAGGCUCACUACGUUAAAAUACUUGAACUAUUUAAACUAAUACUCGUGUUGCAUCUUGUUAAAUUGUGAGUACUUUAAUAUUAAUUUGAAUAACUUUUAAGAUGAGUUGCUUUGUGCAUGGAUGUUUUCAGCCUUUUAACAUUUCACUGGCAGUAUUCACACCGACUGAGAAGAUACUGUGUUAUCUUGACGUCAGUCUCCCGGACCAGGCCGAAUGCACACGUGUUUCUGUGCAUUCGUUACAAAGACGCGGCAGCAGUAUAGGGUCCACGUUCUGGAGCAUUUCUCACACUUGUUUGGAGGUUUAAUGUUUUUAGCCGAGUUCAGUGGAGCCGUGUGUUAUUAAACCCCAGAAGGCAGAGUCAUGUCAGGUCUGAGUUCUGCACCAGUCUGUGAUCCGAUAAGGCAGGGCCGCUCUCACAUCGUUUAUUAACUCUGUGCCAUAUUAAGGAGGAAACGUAGCGCCCCGGGUCCAUAUGUGCUGGAAGACAGUUUUCUUUUGUAUUCAAUUUAUUUUGAUCAUACUGAUUGUGAAAGGUUAUUUUUAUAGCUACACUUUUUUUUCCGAGUAUGAUUGUACAUACUGUAAAUACAAUCCAAAUAAUAAAAAAAGAACUUCAGUACAAA